GAUUGCUCUGGUCGAAUAAGAAUUUAAGCCCUCCCCAUCAAUUGAUUUAAAGAGACGUUUUGAAAUUGACAUUUGUCAUUGCUUAGCAUUCAUUUCUGAAAGAAAAUGGCCGAUGUAGAGACUGGUGGCGCUGCCCCGGAGAAGAGCCUGGAUGAUUUCUUUGCCAAGAGGGAUAAAAAAAAGAAGAAAGAAAAGGGAGGCAAGGGAAAAGAAGCCCCAUCUGGGCCCACACCAAUUGUAUUGAAAAAGAACAAGAAGGAAAAGGAGAAGUUCGGCACGAAAAAUGAAAAUCAAGAUGCGCAGCCGGAGAAGGUAACGUUAGCUAGCGCCGCGCUAGCUAGUAGUUAGCAGUUGGAUCAUGGCCGAUGUAGCUAGCUAGCUACUAGCUAGCUAGCCAACUCAAUAUGUUGCUAGCUAGCUAGUUUGCCUGCUAACAGUGACGACUCGUGGCUGUUUAGUAAUAAACCAUGGCUGGCUAGUUAUUAUAUUAUACUGGCUUAACACACGACUUCUGGGGAUAAAUAUUUAAGGUUAGCUAACUAGUUCCUCAAACAGCAAUCCAAUAAUUGAGUUCGCUAGCUAGCCAGCAAGCUCAAUACUUAUUCCAGAUAACUUUAGGCCGCGAAAGUGUCAACUUUCUCGAUUGGUCAACGUUAAUCAGCUAGCUAACUGACUAGUGGCUAUUAUGUUUUCAAAAGGUGAAAACUGUCACACAUUGGAUUAAGUCUAGGCUAGGGCGUAACGUUAGCUAGCUAGCUAGUCAGCAACAUGCAUCGUGACGAAUUGUAAUAUUGUUGGUGAAUAUAGCCAGCAACAUAUGCCUCGUGACGAAUGUGAAUAUAACUAGCUUGCCAACUAGCUAAUUAAUUUUGACAAAGCUGUACAUUUGGAAGAUUAGUAAUGUUGCUAGCUAGUUGGCACGAUUUUCUAGAUGCUUAGGCCUCUAAUAUUAUUCUCAGAAUUUACAGAUGGUUAGCCUGGGAAAUGGGGACUCCAGCUGUUAGACUCAUAACCUUUCUUGUGCAGAAAAAUGCACUGAGAGUAUAAUUUACUGGUGAUAAUGUUACUAAGUAGCAUUUGCAGCAGGUAACGUUAGCUAGUUACCAAAUACACAUUUUAUUAUGAUUAUGAUUGAUAACCGCUCAACAAGCCUAGGCAGCUGAUAUAGUGCAUGGGCGAUAGAUCGGCACUAUCAGCUGCCAAGGGUAACUGUCAACCAGUCCCCUCUCAGGGAUACCUAAGCUAAUUGAUAUUCUGGGUGUCACCCUGGUGUGGUUCUGUGCUGAGGUUGACACUCAUUCCAGAGGCGUUGUGAUAAUAUGUUGUGAUCACCGCCCAAAGUCAGGGCGUGGCCUGUAUCCAGAUCCUAGUUUGUAGUUAUUUGGCACCUUGUGACAUACGUUCCUUUUCAUGGUCAAAGUUUCAAAUAAAAUCAAAUGUUAUUUGCCACAUGCGCCGAAUACAACAGGUGUAGACCUUACAGUGAAAUGCUUACUUACAAGCCCUUAACCAACAAUGCAGUUUUAAGAAAAAUAAAUGUUACGUCAAAAAUAGAUUAGUAAAAAUUAAAAAAGAACUAAAGAGCAGCAUUAAAAUAAAAUAACAGUAGGAAGGCUAUAUACAGGUGGUACAGAGUCAAUGUGCAGGGGCACAGGUUAGUCGAGGUAAUAUGUACAUGUGGGUAGAGUUAAAGUGAGUGGCGCAGUGGUCUAAGUGGCCACUAGAGAUCCUGGUUCGAAUCCAGGCUCUGUCGUAGGGAGACAAUGCAAGUAGUCCGGGUAGCCAUGAUUAACUCUUCAGGAGUCUUAUGGCUUGGGGGUAGACGUUGUUAAGAAGCCCUUUGGACCUAGAUUUGGCGAGAGAACAGUCUAUGACUAGGGUGGCUGGAUUCUUUGACAAUUUUUUGGUCCUUCCUCUGACAUCGCCUGGUGUAGAGGUCCUGGAUGGCAGGAAGCUUGGCCCCAGUGAUGUACUGGGCCAUACGCACUACCCUCUAUAGUGCCUUGCGGUCGGAGGCAGAGCAGUUGCCAUACCAGGCAGUGAUGCAACCAGUCAGGAUGCUCUCGAUGGUGCAGCUGUAUAACUUCUUGAGGAUCUGAGGACCCAUGCCAAAUCUUUUCAGUCUCUUGAGGGGGAAUAGGCAUUGUCAUGCCCUCUUCACGACUGUCUUGGUGUGUUUGGACCAUGAUAGUUUGUUGGUGAUGUGGACACCAAGGAACUUGAAGCUCUCAACCUGUUCCACUACAGCCCCGUAGAUGAGAAUGGGGGUGUGCUCAGUCCUCUUUUCUUCCCUGUACUCCACAAUCAUCUCCUUUGUCUUGAUCACGUUGAGGGAGAGGUUGUUAUUCUGGCACCACACGGCCAGGUCUCUGAUCACCUCCGUAUAGGCUGUCUCAUCGUUGUCGGUGAUCAGGCCUACCACUGUUAUGUCGUCGGCAGGAGGGGACUGAGCACGCACCCCUGAAGGGCCCCCAUGUUGAGGAGCAGCGUGGUAGAUGUGGUGUUACUUACCCUUACCAACUGGGGGCGGCCCGUCAGGAAGUCCAGGAUCCAGUUGCAGAGGGAGGUGUUUAGUCCCAGGGUCCUUAGCUUAGUGAUGAGCUUUGAGGGCACUAUGGUGUUGAAUGCUGAGCUGUACUCAAUGAAUAGCAUUCUCACGUAGGUGUUCCUUUUGUCCAGGUGGGAAAGGGCAGUGUGGAGUGCAAUAGAGAUUGCAUCAUACAAAUUGGAGUGGGUCUAGGGUUUCUGGGAUAAUAGUGUUGGUGUGAGCCAUGACCAGCCUUUCAAAGCACUUCAUGGCUACAGACGUGAGUGCUACGGGUCGGUAGUCAUUUAGGCAGGUUAGUGUUCUUGGGCACAGGGACUAUGUUGGUCUGCUUGAAACAUGUUGGUAUUACAGACUCAGUCAGGGACAUGUUGAAAAUGUCAGUGAAGACACUUGCCAGUUGGUCAGCGCAGGCUCGGAGUACGCGUCCUGGCAAUCCGUCUGGCCCUGCGGCCUUGUGAAUGUUGACCUGCUUAAAAGUCUUACUCACAUCGGCUACGGAGCGCGUGAUCACAAAGUCACCCGGAACAGCUGAUGCUCUCAUGCAUGCUUCAGUGUUGCUUUCCUCGUUACGAGCAUAGAAGUGAUUUAGCUCGUCUGGUAGGCUCGUGUCACUGGGCAGCUCGCGGCUGUGCUUCCCUUUGUAGUCUGUAAUAGUUUGCAAGCCCUGCCACAUCCGACGAGCAUCGGAGCCAGUGUAGUACGAUUCAAUCUUAGUCCUGUAUUGACCUUUUGCCUGUUUGAUGGUUCGUCGGAGGGCAUAGCAGGAUUUCUUAUAGGUGUCCGGGUUAGAGUCCCGCUCCUUAAAAGCGGCAGCUCUAGCCUUUAGCUCAGUGCGGAUGUUGCCUGUAAUCCAUGGCUUCUGUUUGGGGUGUGUACGUACGGUCACUGUGGGGACGACAUCAUCAAUGCACUUAUUGAUGAAGCCAGUGACUGAUGUGGUAUACUCCUCAAUGCCAUCGGAAGAAUCCCGGAACAUAUUCCAGUCUGUGCUAGCAAAACAGUCCUGUAGCUUAGCAUCUGCAUCAUCUGACCACUUCCUUAUUAACCGAGUCACUGGUGCUUCCUGCUUUAGUUUUUGCUUAUAAGCAUGAUAAAUUGAGAUUGACAUGAUGACAACGCAAAUGUAUGAACUAUGAAGCCUUGGAUUGCUAAACCAUCAGUUAGUGGGGUGUGUAACUGAUAAGCUGUGUGUGCUCUGUCUGCAGGAGGAUGAGGAGUGGAAGGAGUUUGAGGCAAAGGAGGUGGACUACAGUGGACUCAGACUGCAGGCUCUGCAGAUAAGGUAAGUCUGAACAUAAGGAGGGAACAGGGUCACAUUCAUUCAGUGGGCAGAAAACAGUACGCACUACCCUGAUGACAUGUUAAACGUCUGUACUAGUGGCACAUUUCUGUUGAAUGGGUUUUCUCUGGCGAUUGUGGCAGUGAUGAGAAGGAGGAAGAGGAGUAUGAGGAGGAGUUCGGUGAGGAUGGAGAGAUCAUCCUGGUUAGUGGAGACAAAAUUUCUGGGCCCUGGAACAAAUCUGGCGCCCCGCCCCCAGCCGCUGCACCUGUUGGUGGGUAUACCUCUCUCCACUCUACGUAUCACUUCCACAUUCUCUUAUUGUAUUAUAAAAAGGGUUACUCUAAUAGACAUUUUGGCAAUUAAUAUGAAUUACUAAUGAUGAGCCUUGCCCCUUGUUUUUCAUCUCUGCUGUCGUCUCUACAGAGGUGGAAGAGGUGCCUGAGUCCAAGCCUUCUGGGGUGUACCGCCCCCCAGGUGCCCGACUGACUACCACAAAGCGUGGCCCCAACCAGGGGCCCCCUGAGAUCUUCAGCGACACACAGUUCCCGUCACUCGGGGCCGGCUCCAAGCAUGUGGAGACACGCAGGUGAGUGCACCUCAACUUCAGAUAUCGCAUGCUUCUGUAGGCUAUUUGUGCAAGGGAUAAGAAGCAGUGCUUGACUUGGGCAGGAGCUAACCGGAACUGAGUACCGGCACCUCAGAUUUCCUACUGCUUGAGCUCUUGUUCCUCUUAUAGAAUAAGUAUAAACAGGACCAGCAACCAAAAUGAGUACCGGAACCUAUUUCAGUCCAAGUCAAGUACAGUGAGGGAAAAAAGUAUUUGAUCCCCUGCUGAUUUUGUACGUUUGCCCACUGACAAAGAAAUGAUCAGUCUAUAAUUUUAAUGGUAGGUUUAUUUGAACAGUGAGAGACAGAAUAACAACAAAGAAAUCCAGAAAAAUGCAUGUAAAAAAUGUUAUAAAUUGAUUUGCAUUUUAAUGAGGGAAAUAAGUAUUUGACCCCCUCUCAAUCAGAAAGAUUUCUGGCUCCCAGGUGUCUUUUAUACAGGUAACGAGCUGAGAUUAGGAGCACACUCUUAAAGGGAGUGCUCCUAAUCUCAGCUUGUUACCUGUAUAAAAGACACCUGUCCACAGAAGCAAUCAAUCAAUCAGAUUCCAAGCGCUCCACCAUGGCCAAGACCAAAGAGCUCUCCAAGGAUGCCAGGGACAAGAUUGUAGACCUACACAAGGCUGGAAUGGGCUACAAGACCAUCGCCAAGCAGCUUGGUGAGAAGGUGACAACAGUUGGUGCGAUAAUUCGCAAAUGGAAGAAACACAAAAUAACUGUCAAUCUCCCUCGGCCUGGAGCUCCAUGCAAGAUCUCACCUCGUGGAGUUGCAAUGAUCAUGAGAACCGUGAGGAAUUAUCCCAGAACUACACGGGGUGAUCUUGUCAAUGAUCUCAAGGCAGCUGGGACCAUAGUUCUACCAAGAAAACAAUUGGUAAUACACUACGCCGUGAAGGACUGAAAUCCUGCAGCGCCCGCAAGGUCUCCCUGCUCAAGAAAGCACAUAUACAGGCCCGUCUGAAGUUUGCCAAUGAACAUCUGAAUGAUUCAGAGGAGAACUGGGUGAAAGUGUUGUGGUCAGAUGAGACCAAAAUCGAGCUCUUUGGCAUCAACUCAACUCACCGUGUUUGGAGGAGGAAGAAUGCUGCCUAUGACCCCAAGAACACCAUCCCCACCGUCAAACAUGGAGGUGGAAACAUUAUGCUUUGGGGGUGUUUUUCUGCUAAGGGGACAGGACAACUUCACCGCAUCAAAGGGACGAUGGACGGGGCCAUGUACCGUCAAAUCUUGGGUGAGAACCUCCUUCCCUCAGCCAGGGCAUUGAAAAUGGGUCGUGGAUGGGUAUUCCAGCAUGACAAUGACCCAAAACACACGGCCAAGGCAACAAAGGAGUGUCUCAAGAAGAAGCACAUUAAGGUUCCUGGAGUGGCCUAGCCAGUCUCCAGACCUUAAUCCCAUAGAAAAUCUGUGGAGGAGCUGAAGGUUAGAGUUGCCAAACAUCAGCCUCGAAACCUUUAUGACUUGGAGAAGAUCUGCAAAGAGGAGUGGGACAAAAUCCCUCCUGAGAUGUGUGUAAACCUGGUGGCUACAAGAAACGUCUGACCUCUGUGAUUGCCAACAAGGGUUUUGCCACCAAGUACUAAGUCAUGUUUUGCAGUGGGGUCAAAUACUUAUUUCCCUCAUUUAAAAUGCUAAUCAAUUUAUAACAUUUUUGACAUGCGUUUUUCUGGAUUUUUUUGUUGUUAUUCUGUCUCUCACUGUUCAAAUAAACCUACCAUUAAAAUCAUAGACUGAUAAUUUCUUUGUCAGUGGGCAAACAUACAAAAUCAGCAGGGGAUCAAAUACUUUUUUCCCUCACUGUAAUCAGGUAGGCCUAUUUUAUGACUUUUCCACUAGAUCAGAGCAUGACAUUUUUCCCUUUCAUGCUGAGUGGUUAUUGAAAGCGAGAGCGCUGGAAAGAUUUUCCAAAUACAUUGAGGAACUAUUGUAAUUCUCAAUGGAUGUAAAAACAGACAUUGUUUGCUUGCUGUUUGAGGUGAAGAAAACAUUACUUUGAGAAGCUCCACAGGUCAUUAGUGGUGGUUAAGCCAAUCAGAAAUACUAUCAGAUCCUCAAAUGAGCACAUUUAUAUGCCUUUAUUUGCGCGCAGGCCAGGUAGCCUAUAGGCCAACUUCUAGGCCAGGUAGCCUAUAGGCCAAUUACUAAAUUGACAACUCGUAAAUGGAAUGAAAUAAACCAAAACUUGUUUCUCACAAGCGUAGCAUAGUUUGUGCUCUCUGCAAACAAUGUGUCCACGCCGACAAAUAUAACAGGAAGACUGGAAUAAUAAUAUCGAAUGCAUUAACAGAAAUUACCGUAACAAACGUUGUAGAUUAGGACCUAAAGGUAAAUGUACUACUGGUGUUAUAUGUAAUGGGAAAUUGAUAUACACUAAGAAUUCACACAAUUGAGUUAUGAAACGAAUGUGCACAAAUUUGCGGGAGAAAGUACACUGUGCGUCUGGGUGCAUGGUCAGUCCGACGUCUGCAUUGGCCAUGCAGCAUUUGCGGUGAUACGGCCUCGGCAGAAGUCAGGGUAGUCAUAUUUCUUGUGCUUCGCGGAGUAGUGCAGAGCUGUCGUCAACCAAUCAUGUCAGUGCAGAGCUGUACAGAGCCCUUUGGGAGGUGCAUGGCAAUGCAGUACGGAGCUCGAUUUGGCCUCUGUAUGCCUCUGGAGGCGCCGCAAUUGCUUCACACCCUCCAUAUGGAGCCUCUGACCACAAUUUCAGAUCAAGCAUAAAUUAGCGUUUAGUCUAGGCCUCCGCAAUGGAUUAGUUCAAUGAGAUGGGCGCAAAUAUAUGUGUGUGUGUACAGUGCAUUCGGAAAGUAUUCAGACCCCUUGACUAUUUCCACAUUUUGUUACGUUACAUCCUUAUUCUAAAAUUGAUUAAAUUCAUGUUUUUCCUCAACAGUCUACACACAGUACCCCAUAAUGACAAAGUGAAAACAAGUUUUUUUGCAAAUGUAUUAAAAAUAAAAAAAACGGAUACCUUAUUUACAUAAGUAUUCAGACCCUUUGCUAUGAGACUCGAAAUUGAGCUAAAAUGCAUCCUGUUUCCAUUGAUCAUCCUUGAGAUGUUUCUACAACUUGAUUGGAGUCAUCAAUGCAUGUCAUAGCAAAAGCCAUGAGGUCGAAGGAAUUGUCCGUAGAGCUCUGAGACAGGAUUGUGUCGAGGCACAGAUCUGGGGAAGGGUUCCAAUAAAUUUCUGGAGCAUUGAAGGUCUCCAAGAACACAUUGUCCUCCAUCAUUCUUAAAUGGAGGACGUUUGGAACCACCAAGACUCUUCCUAGAGCUGGCCAAACUGAGCAAUCGGGGAACAAGGGCCUUGGUCAGGGAGGUGACCAAAAACCCAAUGGUCUCUCUGACAGAGCUCCAGAGUUCAUCGGUGGAGAUGGGAGAACUUUCUAGAAGGACAACCAUCUCUGCAGCACUCCAAUAAUCAGGCCUUUAUGAUAGUGGCCAGACGGAAGCCACUCCUCAGUAAAAGGGGAUAUGACAGCCCACUUGAAGUUUGCCAAAAGGCACCUAAAGACUCUCAGACCAUGAGAAACCAGAUUCAAUGGUCUGAUGAAACCAAGAUUGAACUUUGGCCUGAAUGCCAAGCGUCACGUCUGUUUUUCAGUGGCAGGGACUUGGAGACUAGUCAGGAUGGAGGGAAAGCUGAACGGAGCAAAAUACAGAGAGAUCCUUGAUGAAAACCUGCUCCAGAGCACUCAGGACCUCAGACUGGGGUGAAGGUUCACCUUCCAACAGGACAACGACCCUAAGCACACAGCCAAGACAAUGCAGGAGUGGCUUCGGGACAAGUCUCUGAAUGUCCAGAGCCCGGACUUGAACCCGAUCAAACAUCUCUGGAGAGACCUGAAAAUAGCUGUGCAGAGACUCUACCCAUCCAACUUGACAGAGCUUGAGAUGAUCUGCAGAGAAGAAUUUGAGAAACUCCCCAAAUACAGCUGUGCCAAUCCUGUAGCAUCAUACCCAAGAAGACUCGAGGCUAUAAUCCCUGUCAAAGGUGCUUCAACAAAGUACUGAGUAAAGGGUCUGAAUACUUAUGUAAAUGUGAUUUAUGUUUUUAUUUUGCAAAAACUUCUAAGCCUGUUUUUGCUUUGUCAUUUUGGGGUAUUAUGUGUAGACUGAGGGGGGGGGGAAAAAAUAAUUUAAUCAAUUUUAGAAUAAGGCUGUAACGUAACAAAAUGUGGAAAAAGUCAAGGGGUCUGAAUACUUUCUGAAUGCACUGUAUGUUACUGCUCGCCUAAAACGAUCUCGGUCGACCAACAGCCUAACGACCAAACAAUCGACCAGUCGACUAAUUGGGGUCAUCUCUAGUGCACUCCAAAAAAAAAUCUUGAGGCAAGUCGAAUUUCGAAAGCCGAAGUCUACGCCCUUCAUCAGUGAUUGGUCAUCAGUACUACUCCUAAUAUGAGUGGGAACAUGAAGUGUGUGUAGUCUUUCAGCGAGAGAUUACUAGUUUUCAUGCACAUUUUUGUGUGACUUUUUUGACUACGCGACAGACUUCCUCGACAAUAACAUCAAUUCAUGCCAGAUUUCAUGAAUUAUCUUGAUUUAAUUCAGACAAUUUUUAGGAAGUUUUUCUGGCUGUUGCUGCGGUGGCACGAGGGACAAACAACAGUAAUAUUUGUUCUUGUUUUUCAAGCGGAGGUCUUUAAGGGGUAUGCAAUCAGACGUCGCUUCGCCUAGCCGAGUUCUGCUAGAAGCGAACUAAACCUAUGUAUGCGGACGCCUUUAGACACGUGCAAAGGUGGGCACACAUACAGUGUAGAAACGUCUUUUUAUUUUUUUAAUAUGUCCAAUGCUUGGGUUUCAGGGACAGGGAGAUGGAGAAGACCUUUGAGGUUGUGAAACACAAAAACCGUGGCCGAGAGGAGGGCGGCAGUGGGGCUUCCCUGCAGCAGUUGGAGCUUGGUAACCAGUACGCCAUCCUGGGGGACAAGUAGUGCCCUGCACAGCCAGCGUGGUCUUGCCCAGCUGACAGAUGGCGCUGAACUACAGCACAGUUCUGACAACGAACUGGCGUUGCUGCCACCACAACACUGGACCUUCUCUCCUUCUCACACACCAAAGCACAAUACAUACAGUAUACAUACAAACACCUCACACAGUCAACCAUAUACACUGAGACACACACACACUUUACAUUUACACAGACACUAUGUCAAUGCAUUCAUGUAUAUACAUUACAUACACAAAGCACCUGGUUGGCAAAACUGAAGGACUACAUCCAAAAGGGCUGUGGCAACAGGGAUCAACUGAAACAAAACAAAUAUAAAGUCUAUAUGACAGCAGCAACAACAGCAAAGGCAACGUUAGGUUGUCUUUUGUGGAUUGUAUUCAGAGCAGCAGUUGUAUUGUACAACUUCUCUCUGAACUUCAACUUUCUUUGAUAAAGCCACAGAGGAUCGAAGAAGACAAAAAAUUGGGCAAGAUGAAUUUACGGAGUGUUUAGAAUGGAUAUAUUUUUUGCUAGAUUGUUAUAUCCCGAACUGCACAUGGUUUGUAAUUGUUGGGGUGUGUUGGAGUUAUGGUUUGGGCAAGUGAGCGGCGACUACCUGAGUUGAGCGGGCCUUUGCUGUUAUUGGUGGUGAGUGGGGCAAACACCAGCCCUGCAAAAGAGUGAACCACCAGGCUCUUUCACUUAGAAACUUUGUUUUCCUCAAGAAAGGGACUUCCUGCAAAGAUCUGUGGACACGGGAGAGAAGUUAUGGUCCUCAUUCAGAAUUACUAUUUAAAAGUGGCCUUACUGUAAAGAGAAACUGCUUCGUCCUCUGGAGAGAAACCUGCUUGUCGUCUCAUGGGCUGUUGCCUGCCUUCUGGAUCUCACCACUUAAAGGGCAACCAACCAUCCCAGUUCAAUAAUGUAGUGCUGAGUUGUAGUUUGUCAGAAGAUUACACCGACUGUCCUUCAUAUCCACUGUUUGACUUGCUCACCCUUUUUUAUUUGAUUAUUAACAUUGGCAAACCAUUAUUAAAGGUCCUCUUUUCUAAUCUGAAGUCAUUCCUUUGGUAGAUGACUUUUUUUUAAGCAUUCUGAGGAUUCGGUCCUGAGUUUUGUCAUUUUUGUUUUACUUUGAGGGCUGUUUCUCCACCAGUGUUCAUGUACUUACAUCAUUGUGUAGAGGUGGGACAGAGGGGAAGUAGACUGACAUUGUUACAGCUGCAAAGACAUUAGCUACAGCGUCCCAAAAAUGACCCUUCUGUACUUAAUGCCUGUAAUUGACCACAGUAAGUACGGUCUGUCAUACUGCUGUCCAUUUUUGAUUACAUACAGUGCAUUCGGAAAGUAUUCAGACCUGUUGACUUUUUCCACAUUUUGUUACGUUACAGCCUUAUUCUAAAAUGGAUAACAACAUUUGUUUUCUUUAUCAAUCUACACACAAUACCCCAUAAUGACAAAGCGAAAACACGUUUUUAGAUUUCUUUUUACAAAUAAAUACCUUAUUUACGUAAGUAUGCUGACCCUUUGCUAUGAGACUCGAAAUUGAGCUUAUGUGCAUCCUGUUUCCAUUGAUCAUCCUUGAUGUUUCUACAACUUGAUUGGAGUCCACCUGUGGUAAAUUCAAUUGAUUGGACAUGAUUUGGAAAGGCACUCACCUGUCUAUAUAAGGUCCCACAGUUGACAGUGCAUGUCAGAGCAAAAACGAAGCCAUGAGGUCGAAGGAAUUGUUGGUACAGCUCCGAGAUGGGAUUGUGUCGAGGCACAGAUCUGGGGAAGGGUACCAAAACAUUUCUGCACCACUGAUGGUCCCCAAGAACACAGUGACCUCCAUCAUUCUUAAAUGGAAGAAGUUUGGAACCACCAAGGAUCUUCCUAGAGCUGGCCGCCCAGCCAAACUGAACAAUCGGGGGAGAAGGGCCUUGGUCAGGGAGGUGAUCAAGAACCCGCUGGUCACUGAUAGAGCUCCAGAGGUCCUCUGUGGAGAUGGGAGAACCUUUCAGAAGUACAACCAUCUCUGCAGCACUCCACCAAUCAGGCCUUUAUGGUAGAAUGGCCAGAUGGAAGCUACUCCUCAGUAAAAGGCAUAUGACAGCCCACUUGGAGUUUGCCGAAAGGCCCCUAAAGGACUCUCAGACCAUGAGAAACAAGCGGCAAGGUUUUUCAGCGGCAGGGACUUGGAGACUAGUCAGGCUUGAGGGAAAGAUGAACGGAGCAAAGUACAGAGAGAUCCUUGAUGAAAACCUGCUCCAGAGCGUUCAGGACCUCAGACUGGGGUGAAGGUUCACCUUCCAACAGGACAACGACCCUAAGCACACAGCCAAGCCAACGCAGGAGUGGCUUCGGGACAAGUCUCAAUGUCCUUGAGUGGCCCAGCCAGAGGCUGGACUUGAACCUGAUCGAACAUUUUUGGAGAGACCUGAAAAUAGCUGUGCAGCGAUGCUCCCCAUCCAACCUGACAGAGCUUGAGAGGAUCUGCAGAGAAGAAUGAGAGAGACUCCCCAAAUACAGGUGUGCCAAGUUUGCAGCGUUAUCCCAAGAAGACUUGAGGCUGUAAUCGCUGCCGAAGGUGUUUCAACAAAGUACUGAGUAAAGGGUCUGAAUACCUAUGUAAAUGUGAUAUUUCUGUGAUAUUUAAUACAGUUGCAAACAUUUCAAACCUGUUUUUGCUUUUCAUUAUGGGGUAUUGUAUAUAGACUGAGAAAAAACAAAACAAUUUAAUCCAUUUUAGAAUAAGACUAAUGUAACAAAAGGUGGAAAAGGUCCAGGGGUCUGAAUACUUUCCAAAUGCAGCGUGUCUGUUUGCUUUCUCUUAUAUUCUUUGCUUCAGUCCAAGGCAUUGAAGUUUGCCUUGUUCUGAAGCAUGGAACUCACUCCUCUUUCUCCGUCCUCCCCGUAGAGAUUGAUGCCUUUUUAAGGUUCUCCAAAAAUGAGGUAUAUUAUUUCAGCACUUAUUGAAAUGUUUGUAGAGCAGGUCUCUGACAUGUAACCCUGGUCCUGGAGAGCUUCAGUCAGUGGCUGCUGUCUGACUUUUUCUUUUUGGGCUUCAAACCACCUGAUCUGUCUCCUCUCAUGAACCAAUGAGGUUAUCACAAAGGUCAGGUGGUUUAGAUUAGAAUAACCAUGUUUGCAUUUCCUUAGGUUGAACAGAGGGUUAGAACUAAGAAGAGCUGCAGUUGUGUUCAUACAUUUUUGUCAAAGCCAAUCGAAAUGAGAUGUAGAAUUGGCAAAUGGAUGUUCAGAGUUGUGGAGGGCACUGUAGCACGUGACGCAUUCUAUGGUCCUCUGCCAAAACAUUAUGGGUGGAAGUAGUGAAAAUGUCUACUGAGGACUCUUAGUCGAAGAACAGUUUAACAAAAAAUAAACAGUAAUCCUUGUGAAGGGUGUCCUGUCUGAGUUCUUAACCUGGAAGUAGCUGUUUGUUACAGGUAAGCUAGAUGUUCAAGUAAAAGGCCACACUGAGAAACCAGUCUGCAUGAGUACUGGCAACUGGUAAGUACUGCAUUUCAGUAAGCACAAUAAUGCACAUGGUCUAAUUAAUUAUAUUUUUGAGCACCAUCUUGGGUUGAGCCUUAAACGU